UUUAUGCGUAUAUAUUAUGAAACUUACAAGACCGGAUGUUUUGAAGAACGGAAAAGAAAUAAUAUUAAAUCUGUUUGACCCUAAAAAGUCUGUUACUGCACUAGGAAUCGAUGAAAACAAAAAGGAAGAAGCUCAAAUUCUUUUUAGCAAAAUUAAAUUUAAAAGUUUGGAUGAUCUACAAAUAAAAAUGAAUUGA